AUGCGCAAAGUCCUCUGCAUGCGCAUGCGCAUGCGCCCCUUCACUUACUUGUUUCUCCUGUUGCUCUCUUCGUCCCCUCCUCACGGCGAAGAGGUUUCCCGAGGGGGAGACAAAAAAGUUCUGCGAGCGGAAGAAGACCUGAAGAGCCAAGGCACAAUGCUCCCCUCCAACACUGCCUCCUGCAGGUCCAUGCCAUCCAGCAAAGGUGGCCCCAGCGGCCACUCCAGCCUCUCCAACAUGGAGCCAGGUCAGAGCGUGCAGGAGAGCAUCAGGCACCGCAUCCUCUGCCUCACCGAGCAGCUGCAGGUGGAGAAAGCCAGCCGGGAUGAGUACAUCGUGGGCUACCUCAAACUCGUGUCCAAAGCCAACCGGCACCAGGCACUGCACAUUCGGCAGGCCUUCGAGAAAUUGAACCAGCGCGCCUCCGCCACCAUCGCCCAGAUAGAACGGCGGCUCCACCAGUAUCACCGGCAGCUGCAGGAACUGGAGGGGGCCUGCCGGCCGAAGAGCUCCAUGCUCAAGGCCAAACACAGCCUGGACAGUUGUGAGCAGCCGAGCUCUCAAAAGGCUCUGGUUUUGGAGACCCCCAGGUCAGGCGAGGAAGACAGCCUGGCCACUAAGCUGUCUGAGGUCACUCCGGGCAAGUUCCUGGAAACGAAGCUGGAGGUCCAGCAGGGCGACCUGCUUGUGCACAUGAAGGAGGAGCUGACAGAGGUCAAGAAGCUGUACCUCAGCCUCCAGGCGUCCUGUGAGGGCCUGAAGCAGAAGUCUCAGGCCGACCUGCAACUGUCACUGGAGGCCCUGCAGGAGAAGAAGUGCAGACAACAGUUGGUGGAAGAGCAGGUGAAUGAGCAGCUGCAGGAGUACCUGGAUGAGAUUUACCACCUCAAACACAAUCUAGCCUGCACUGAAGAGAAAAUGGCCUACCUGUCCUAUGAGAGAGCCAAGGAAAUAUGGGAGGUCAUGGAGACUUUGAAGAUCCAGAUAGCCAAGCUGGAAACUCUUCAACAAGUGGCCCAACUGGAGAUGGUGGACAAGCUCAGAAGCCGUCCACAGGAAUUCCUGUUCAAGUUCAUUAGCCUGCUCCUCACCUUGGCCACCAUCCUCCUGGUCUUCAUCUCCAGUGCGUUUGCCUGCCCCUGGCCCCUUGUGAAGACGCGCCUACGCACAUGCACCUCCCUUGUGCUCAUAGGACUUGGGGCACUGGCCUGGCAGAAAUGGCACGCCAUCUCCACCACUGACUGGCAGGCCUGGGUCACCUCUAAGUGGAGACUCUAUGCCAAGGACCCCAAGCCUCUAUCAGAGGGAAUGUAA